AAAUGACCAACGCCUCACCACCACCACCACCACCACCCUUCUUCCGCCGCAGAUGGCCACCGGACUUACUUUCCACGCAACCAAACCCUUAUUUCUUACCACUCACUUCACAAACCUCUCUUAUGUAAAUGUUCCUACUUCCGCUUUGGCACCCCCUCGAAAGCCGUCGCUCAAACGAAAUUUGGCUGUCAAAGCCACCACUGAUCCAUCAGGUCAGGUUGAAAAGGAUGAAAUCGAUGAGAAACCGAAAAGGACUGUAGGGGAGAUGGAACAGGAAUUUCUUCAAGCACUUCAGGCAUUCUAUUACGAGGGGAAGUCAAUUAUGUCGAAUGAAGAAUUUGAUAAUCUCAAGGAAGAACUGAUGUGGGAAGGAAGCAGUGUUGUAAUGCUAAGUGCUGAUGAGCAGAGGUUUUUGGAAGCUUCAAUUGCUUAUGUAUCCGGAAACCCACUUUUGUCCGACAAGGAGUUUGAUGAACUGAAACAGAGGCUUAAGGCAGAUGGUAGUGAAAUUGUGAUUGAAGGUCCUCGAUGCAGCCUCCGGAGUAGGAAGGUCUAUAGUGAUCUUUCUGUUGACUACCUAAAGAUGUACCUUCUGAAUGCUCCGGCUACAAUUGUUGCGUUAGGAUUGUUUUUCUUUAUAGACGAAAUAACUGGCUUCGAGGUCGUAAAGAUUCCGGAGCCAUUUGGUUUUCUCGUCACGUGGUUUGCAGCUCUGCCUUUCAUAAUAUGGCUAGCGUUCACGCUCACAAAUGCCGUUGUGAAAGAUGUUUUAAUCUUAGAGGGGAUCUGUCCAAACUGCGGCACCAAGAACAAUUCCUUUUUCGGUUCCAUACUAUCGAUUUCCAGUGGGGGUUCUACCAACAACGUGAAAUGCUCCAAUUGUGGGACUGCAUUGGUGUAUGAUUCCAAGACACGUUUGAUUACGUUGCCUGAAUGAAGUGAGGCAUGACUUGAUAAGGAUGUUGUUUUAUUGGCUACCAAUUACAAGGCCAACAUUGGUAAUGUAAAUAUAUUACAGAGGCUUCUCUGGUGCUGUAUUAUAUCCUAGAUACCACAUUUCUUAAAGUACGUAGUUGCAAUAUUAAUUUUUAAUUUGCAUACUCUGUUUAUGUUGUAGAUUCUAAUGUAUAGAGAAAACAUAAUACAGUUAUAUGAGAAGAUAUUAUUAUAAA